AUGGCUCCGGGAAGAAUCAUGGAAAUAAGUGGCGUCCCAGACCCAGGUCUUGUGCCAGCAUCCGACGCACUUCAUGAGAACUCAUGGUACAACCAAGAUUUUGAUGGAUACCGCAUCAGCGAGGAGCCUUUGUUCACCAAGAGACAGCUGCGAAUCGUCUGCGUGGGCGCAGGCGCUGCGGGACUACAGAUUGCGUACAAAUCAGAGCGUCUGCUUGACAAUGUCGAUCUCCAAAUCUACGAAAAGAACUCCGACAUAGGUGGCACAUGGCUCGAGAAUCGAUACCCGGGCUGCACCUGUGAUAUCCCCAGUCAUUCCUAUCAGUUUACCUGGGCACGCAAUCCAAAUUGGUCAUCCUAUUAUUCAUCGUCCAAAGAGAUCUGGCAAUACUUCAAAGACGUUGCGACAAAAUACGAUCUGGAAAAGUACGUCCAAUUCAACACCACGGUGGAGAGCGCAAGCUGGGAAGAGGCGACUGGGCACUGGAGCCUCAAACUUUUGAGCCCCGAGGGACAACACAUCGAUGACUGGUGUGACAUUCUUAUAUCCGCCUCUGGUGUCUUGAAUUCCUGGAAAUACCCUGCCAUCCCCGGAUUGGACCUCUACAAGGGGAAGUUGAUGCACUCAGCCAAGUGGGAUACAGACUUUGAUCUGACUGGGAAAACAGUCGCCGUCAUUGGCGGCGGCAGCUCUGCUGUACAAAUUGUUCCCAAUAUCCAACCGCAUGUGAAGCAUAUGACUGCUUUUCUACGCUCCCCAGUUUGGGUUACGACCGGGUUUGGUGCCAAAUAUGCAGCGCCUGGUGGAACAAACUUCCAAUACUCGUCUGACCAAAUUGACGGGUUCACCUCUGACAAAGAAGAAUACAACAAGUACUGCCGGGCUAUUGAGGGUGAACUGAAUAAGCGGUUUAACCUGAUGCAUCUUCACUCUAAAGACCAAAAGAAUUCGAGAGAGCUCAUCGCGGGUAUCAUGCGCGACAAGCUAAACGACGAAAAGCUCGCCAAGAAGAUGAUUCCGGAAUUUGCACUCGGCUGCCGGCGAAUGACACCUGGAUCAGGGUAUCUAGAGAGUCUUUCUAAAGAAAACGUCAAGGUAGUGCAUGAAAGUGUUAUGCGCCUGACGGAAACUGGUGUGGUUGAUGAAUCCGGCGUCGAGCACAAGGUGGAUGUGGUCAUAUGCGCGACUGGAUUCGAUACAUCAUUUACGCCGCAUUUCAAAGUGCUGGGAAGAAAGGGGGCCAAUAUCAAAGAGCAAUUUGGGGACUUUCCUAAAGGUUAUCUUGGUAUAACCGCUGAAAACUUCCCAAACAUGUUCCUUUUAACGGGACCCAACAGCCCUUCUAGCCACAGCUCAAUUUUGCCUAUCAUGGAGUGGUACACGAGGUAUAUAUUCCAGGUCAUUGACAAGGUUCAGACUGAGAAUAUCAAAUCGUUUGAACCCAAGAAGGGUGCGGUUGCCGACUUGUAUAACCAUACUCACGAGCUUAUGAAGCGUCUUGCAUGGAGUUCAGCCUGCCGAUCCUGGUUUAAGAAUGGCAAGACUCACGGCCCAGUUACGGCUAUAUACCCUGGAUCGAGACUACAUUUCUUUGAAAUGCUACGAAAUGUUCGAUGGGAGGAUUAUGACUUGACCUAUAAAACGGAUAAUCGGUUUCAAUUCAUGGGCAAUGGGUACACUCACUGUGAAUGCAGUCCUGAUGGGGACCCUGUGUGGUACUUUGACGAUCCAUUUGUGCUUGUGUAG